CUCAACCAUCCAAUCAAAUUGCAGCUCGUGAUGGGGCGGGUUUCAAAGGGGAGGAGUUAGGGGGAAGGCCUGAAAAGCUUCAGAGGAGUCAGAGAAGGUACCAGGGUCGAGGAGCAGACAGCCUCUUCCUGUCCAACUGGAAGAAGAAACGCAAUCGCCAGUGUCUGCCUGUGUUUCGAGGAUCCAAGAAGAUGAGCACCAGGACCCCACCCACCCUGGAGGAUCUGGCAAGGCAGGCGAUGCUGAGAAAUGAGGCCUUGACCAUCUCUGCUCUGGAAGGCCUGCCCAAGAUGCUCUUCCUACCCCUGUUCCAGAAGGCACUCAGUUGGAGACUCACAAAGAUUGUGAAGUCAAUGGUUGCAGCCUGGCCUUUACCCUACAUCCCUGUAGGGGCCUUUUUAUCCUCCGGCACCCUGGAGUUUUCUCAGGUUGUGGUAGAAGGACUGAGGGACCUGCUGAGACAGGAGGAUCGCCCUGUGAGGGGGAAUCUUCGAAUACUCGAUUUUCGGAGGUUGCCCCAUGACUUCUGGACCCUAAAUGCUAGAGCAGAAGAUGGGGACAGCUCAGCAGUGACUGUGAGUGAGAAUCAGGCAGUGAAGCCCCCUCCCAGAUAUGAACAGAGGCAGCGUGUGAAGGUGAUAACUGACCUCUACUCCAGGUUCCAACAGCAUGAAGAAGAAACAGACUUCUUGCAAGAGGCUCAGCCUAGAAAAGACUCUCUACAGCUGUGCUGUGUGAACAUGAAGAUUUUGUUAUUGUCUGAAGAUCGUGUCAUUAUGUUCCGAAAAAUUAUCAGGCUGUGGGAUGUUGAGGUGUUAGAAUUAACCAUAGAUUGGAGUUGGAGUUCUCUGUUACAAUUUUAUCCCUACUUCGCCCAUAUGAUAAAUCUUCACACACUUUCUCUAGUCUGGAUCGAGAAGAACACAUCUGACCAUGCCUAUAAAUCAGAGUACAAGUGGUUUGUCCGCACUUUCAUAUCUGAGCUCUCCAGAAUCAGCAGACUCCAACAUCUCUAUAUGAAUGGCAUCUGUUUUCUCAGUGACAACAUGAAACACUUGCUCAGGAACUUGAAGAAUCGCCUGGAAACCUUCUCUGUCACUCACUGCCAGCUGUUUCGGACAAACUUGUAUCAUCUGUCCCAGUGUCGGCGCCUCUAUCAACUAAAACAUCUGGACAUGAGUGGAGUCCUACUGUCAAAUUUCUGUAUGAUGCCUCUCAGGGUUCUCCUAGAGAAAGUGGUAGACACUCUUGAGUCUCUGGAGUUAGAGGGGUGUGGGAUAAAGGACUCUCAGCUCAGAGUCCUCCUCCCUGCCCUCAGCCAAUGCUCCAAGCUCACCAAGGUCAACUUUUAUACCAAUGACUUCUCCAUGAAUGUCUUGAGUGACCUUCUCCACCACAGAGCCAACUUGAGCAAGAUGACCAUGGAGCAGUACCCUGCCCCUCGAGAGUGCUAUAAGCUGGGUGUGGUCUCCAUAGAGAGAUUUGUACAACUUUGCCCUGUGCUCAUGGAUAUACUCAGGGCGGUAAGGCAGCCCAAGAGCGUCUCCUUUGCUACAGAUGUGUGCAGUAGAUGCUCUAAGCGCUGUGUGUAUGAGCAGGAGACCAGGCUUUGCUCUUGCUUGCAGUAAAGAGUGGAGUGUUAGUUUUGGUUCUUGCCUUCUCAGGGUGGGUACAUAGGAGGCUUUGGACAGAGAUUUAAACUAAAGUGAGCAAUGCAGACACAUCUUCUAUGAAGGUUUUCAAUCUGAGAUGCUUAGUAUAGUAGGCAAUACUGUGUGCAGAUCAAAGAUUACACUAGGAAAAAGCAAUGCAGAGCAAACGGACUGUGUUUUAUCCCAUGCUAUGAUCUUUAUUUUUUUCUCUGUCACUUAAAAAAGAUGUCUGUAAUUUGCUAGCCUUGAAUUCUUAUAAAAGUUACUUUGCAUUGUU